AUGGCAACAAAAGGACUUCUUUCUGCUCCAGUGCUGUGGUUGAUUCUCCUCUCCAUUCAGGUCUCCCUGGGCACUAAUGAAUUGAGGCUGUCAAACGGAACUGGCCCCUGCUCUGGGAGAGUGGAAGUAAAACAUGAGGAGCAGUGGGGAACCGUGUGUGAUGGUGACUGGACCAUAAGGGAUGCUGAGGUUGUCUGCAAGCAACUACAAUGUGGAUCUGCUGUUAAGGCCCUAAAUCGAGCUCCUUUUGGACAAGGAACUGGACCAACGUGGUUGUACCGAGUUGAUUGCCGUGGUAAUGAAUCGGCUCUCUGGAACUGCUCACAUACAGGAUGGGGUGCUUUUACCUGCCCUCAUUUCUUUGAUAUUGGAGUGAUCUGCUCAGGCUUCUCUGAUAUGCAUCUGACUGGAGGGGACACUGCCUGCUCAGGACAUCUGAAAGUAAAGAAAGAAGAAACUUGGGCCACUGUCUGUUUCUCACACAUUGAUUUCAAAACUGCCUCUGUUAUAUGUAAUGAGUUAAAGUGUGGCCAGGCUGUGGAUACCUUGAGAGGAACUCACUUUGGAGACAGACAUGAGCUGAUCUGGCAAGAAGAGUUUCACUGCGUAGGGAAUGAGGCUCACCUUGCAGACUGUCCCAGGAGCAUGCACCAUACUAACACAUGUUCUUAUGAUGCCACUGUUGUGUGUUCAGGCUAUGGUGGGUACCGGCUGGCAAACGGCAACACCACGUGUUCAGGGAGAGUAGAGCUUCUUCACGGAGGCACAUGGGGAACCCUGUGUGACUACCUGUGGGAUUCACCAGCUGCCAACAUCCUCUGCCAGCAGCUAGACUGUGGAGUUGCACUACUGGUCCCAAGUGGACAGUCCUUUGGGGAAGGAAAUGGAUCUGUCUGGAACGCCACAUUCAGCUGCCAGAAGAAUGGCUCACUCCUGAGAGACUGUCCCGUGCUUGCUCUAAGUCAGGAUGAAUGCCCUGCUGGAAAAGAGGCUCAUGUGGUAUGUUCAGGGUGUCCAGGGGGCAGGCUGGUGAAUGGCACCACAUGCUCCGGCAUAGUGGAGAUCCGCCAUGGAGACACGUGGGGAAGACUCUGCCGCUCCCACUGGAAUUUGCAAGCUGCCAGUGUUCUCUGCCAUCAGCUGAACUGUGGCUAUGCAAAAUCAAUCCAGAUGGAAGAUGAUUUUGUGGAUGGAAAUGGGCCUAUAUGGAGAGAUGCUUUUCACUGUAAAGGGACAGAGUCCUGCCUAUGGGAUUGUGUUCAAGUGACUUUGGGCAAUCCAACCUGUUCAGCCAAAGAAGCAGCCACUGUAACUUGCUCAGGUCUUGCUGAAUCACUCAGACUCUCAGGGGGUGAGAGCCGCUGUGCUGGGCGAGUUGAGAUCUCCCUCCAUGGUGGGUGGAGCAGAGUCCUGGAUGACAACUGGGACAUUAGGGAUGCCCAUGUGGUGUGCAGACAGCUCCAGUGUGGAACUGCUGAGAAAGCCUAUUACCUUCCAAAGUCUGAGCGAGGAACAGGUCUUGUUGGCCUAAGGAGUGUCCAGUGCACUGGAAACGAGACUCAGCUGAUGCUCUGCAACACCUCCCAUUAUCAGACAGUGCCAACAGGAGUUUCUGAAGAUGUUGGUGUGAUUUGUUCAGGCAGCAGACAGAUGAGGCUGGUGAAUGGAACAAACCGCUGUGCCGGGAGAGUAGAGCUUUAUCAUCAUGGCAUCUGGGGCACCAUCUGUGAUGAUAACUGGGAUCUAUCAGAUGCCAAUGUUGUUUGCAAACAGCUUGGAUGUGGGCAUGCCAUCAAGGCAUUUGAAUCUGCUCAUUAUGGUGAAGGGUCAGGGCAGAUCUGGCUGGAUGAUGUGAAUUGCACUGGGGGUGAAUCUGACCUCUGGGCAUGUCCCUCUAGGGCGUGGGGCCAGCACAACUGCCAACACAAAGAGGAUGCUGGAGUCCUGUGCUCAGAUUUCCUGGCUCUGAGGCUGGUGAAUGGCAACGACUGUGCUGGGCGUGUAGAGGUUUUCUACAAUGGGACGUGGGGGAGCGUUUGUUCCAACCACAUGUCCCUGCUCACCGCAGCAACCAUGUGCAAACACCUGGGCUGCGGAGACGGAGGAGGAAUAAUAACGGACUUCAAAUAUGGCAGAGGGUCUGGGCCCACGUGGCUGGACCACAUUGAGUGCACUGAGCAGCACAGCUCGCUCUGGCAAUGUCAGUCAGACCCCUGGGACCCUCAGUCGUGCAGCAACCGAGCUGAAGAGACCCACAUUACUUGCACUGGAAGAAAAGAGACAACUUCUCCAGCUGCAUUUGCUGAGUGUCCAAACUCCACAAGUUGUUCAGACAGGGAGAAGUUACGAGUCAUGGGAGGAGAGGAUGAAUGUUCAGGCAGAGUGGAGAUGUGGCACCAAGGUUCCUGGGGAACAAUCUGUGAUGACGCCUGGGACGUGGCAGAUGCCAAUGUUGUAUGCAGGCAGCUGGGCUGUGGAUCUGCUGUGUCUGCUCUGAGUGAGGCUGCCUUUGGGGAAGGGACUGGUCCCAUCUGGUUGGAGAAGGUGCACUGUAAAGGAACAGAGCUGUCUCUUUGGGACUGUCCUGCCAAACCUUUGCUUGGCAAAAACUGUGAUCAUAAGGAAGAUGCUGCUGUGAAUUGCUCUGGUGUGACAGAAACAACAGCAUCACCCACCAGAGCAGAUCGCCCCCGCCGCCCUGCCACAGGCAGCACGAGGCUUUCAGUGCCUGUCAUCCUCUGCAUUAUCCUGGGGACCCUUCUCUGUCUGGUCCUUGCCAUUCUUGCUGGGCAGAUCCGACGUGCCAGGGCACAGCAGAGAGGCUCCAGACUAUCCUAUGACCCCUUCUCCGAGGCUGUCUAUGAAGAGAUUGAUUAUAACCUGAUGAGGGAAAAGCAGGGAGUGACUUUCCUCUCAGAUUCUUAUUCAGAGAGCUCAAAACCAAAGGAACAGUUUUAUAGAGCAGGCAGUGAUGAAGAAAAUGGUCCUGGAGCAACUCAAGAGGCCUCUCCACUGCCUGAAAAUGCCCUGGAACAUGAUUAUGAUGAUGCAACAGAAGCUCCUGGACCUAGAGAUGCUUCUCUUUCUGAGCAGAAUGAACAGGAAAUCAUUGGGAUCCCUGGAGAAAGUGACAGAAACAAGGAUUCCCAGACAGACUGGAUUCCCAGAAAUAGGACCUCUGAGGCUGAGAGAUCCUCAUCCCCUGCUCUGGAAGAUACAGGCUAUGACGACAUUGAAGAGCUGGGGCACUGA